GCCUGUCUGACAGAUUGCUCCAUGUAUGGGCCGCACUAAAUGUUGUUCAUAACAAAGUACGGACACAGGGUGCUUCGUUAUCACAGGAUCAUAAGUAAGAUCAUCAUCGUUCCUCCGGGAUUGUUUUGAUUUUGAUCCCGGAGGAUCACGCUGCAAAGGAUUCGCAUUGCAACUCCCUACAGGCAAUGUGAUGGUGGCACUACAUAGCUAGCGAGCUACCACUUUCGAGAAACGUUACACGGAUAACUUCAUAGCAUUUCUAGCUGACAAAUGUUUGUGGAAAAUAAAGCCGGUGCUUCAUAUUUUACGGCUGUCAAGCAUCGCGUGAAUACUUGCUGUUGGUCCUCCUUUUAGCAGAUGGCUAGCUAGCAACAAGUCAGUGCUGCUAAACAUAGAGCAACUUCCAUCGGGAAAGUCACGGUGUUGACUUGUGUUGAGUUGGAACAUAAGCAGAUAAGAGCGCUAUUGUCAAAGCUGUGUUUAUCCACUGCCUUGCAACAACUCCCGAGACACUGCGACACCUGCGGUUCUCCACACUAUCAGCCACUAACAUGUCCAUGUUCAGCACGGGCAUCCUUGUGCUGACAUCUCCCCUCCACACCCUCCCCUUGCGCAUCGCUCCGGUGCUGACCUCAGCUGCUCAGCUCGUUGAACGCACACUGUAUGUCCACCUCCACCCCGGGCUGAACCUGGGAAGUGGGAGCCAGCCUCGGCCAGUUUUCAUUCCACCGGCGGUGGACCUGUCCACGCUCAUUUCCCGUCUUUACAGCAAUGCAGCUGAUAUAUGCGGGCACCUGGAUGUCCGUGUUUUGCUGACUAAUGUGCGCGCUCAGUGCAGCGGGAUCCAGACAGUCCCAAACUGCCCCUUCCCCACGCCACAAUCUCUGUCUCACUCCCCAGAGGUGGUGCUGACGGACUUUCCUCUGCAGGACCCAGGUCAGUCCCAUCAGGUUACGCAGUGUCUGCAGAGGUACACGGGUCACUGCUACGUCUGUAGCCCCAGCCUGCCCUCAGUGCUGCUUCACCCACAGCUAUCGAGGGUGCAGGAGAAAGAGGAACAGUUAAAAGAGCCAGAAGAAAAGGCAGAACCCUUGGAGACCUACAGUGAUGUGGUGGUCGGGGGGACGUUUGACAGGCUCCACGGGGCCCACAAGACGUUGCUCAACAUCUCAUGCCUGCUAGCCAAUAGAAGGUUCCUUAUUGGUUUGUGCGACCAAGCAAUGCUGAAAAAAAAAGUGCUCAAGGAGCUGAUCGAGCCCUAUUCUCUGCGGGUCCAGAAACUACAGGAGUUCCUGCGAGACAUCAGACCCUCGCUGCAGGUGGAGAUCGUACCCCUUGAUGACCCCUUUGGAGUCUCUGUGGUUGACCCCCUGCUGCAGUGCAUUGUGGUUAGCGAGGAGACCAGAAAGGGAGGCGAGGCUGUCAACAAGAGACGCAUUGAGAAUGGACUUCCAGCUCUCAUCCUCCACGAGAUCCAGUUGCUUAAAGAUGCUCACCAUACUGAGACAGAGGAGGAGAAGAUCAGCUCCUCCAGUCUACGCUCUCGCCUGCUGGGCACCCUCCUUACACCACCUAAAGACAAGUCCCAUCUGCCUCCCCUUCCGUACGUGAUUGGCCUGACAGGAGGCAGCGGCAGUGGAAAGAGCUCCAUCGCCAGGCGGCUGGAGGAACUGGGCGCAGUCCGGAUCGACUGUGACAAACUGGGCCAUGAGGUGUACCAGCCUGACACAGCGGCCUAUCACAGAGUGCUUGAAGAAUUUGGGUCAGAUCUCCUGAAUGAAGAUAAAACAAUCGACAGACGUGCAUUAGGAAGGAAAGUUUUUGGAAACCAGAAGCGGUUAAAAGCCCUAACAGACAUUGUGUGGCCUGAGAUUGCACUUCUGGUGAAGAGCAGAAUCAACCAAGCCAGAGAGGAAGGUAAACAGGUUUGUGUGGUGGAUGCAGCAGUUCUUCUGGAGGCCGGCUGGACAGACAUGGUCCACGAGGUCUGGGUCACCAUCAUCCCUGACGAGGAGGCUGUGUCAAGAAUAACUGAGCGAGAUGGGGUAACUUCAGAAGAUGCUGUGCGCCGACUGCAGAGCCAGUGGUCCAAUGAUAAGCAAGUGGAGCAAGCCAAUGUAGUGCUCAGCACACUGUGGGAGCCAGAGGUCACUCAGAAACAGGUACUGAAAGCCUGGAAUCUUCUUCAGAAGAGAAUCCAGGAGAGGCAAAAGGGACAGUAGGAACAUGCAUGAGUCACUACAUCAUCAUCAUCAGCUGUGACCUGUGUGCACGCGCAACAAGCACGUGUGCGCACAAACGACUAAUCCACACAGGAAACACUGCCUUAGGAAGAAGUGAGCGGGUUACUGUGCCGUUGCAACAAACUCGCCAAGCUUCUCUGAUCAAGAUUCAGUGCCUGAUUGACUUUUCACAGGUUUUUAAACUUAAUUUAAGAUACUUUGUGAAAAUGAAAGGUCGAUGGGUGCAAAAAAAAAAAAAAAAAAAAGAGCAUAAAUGAUCCUUAACAGAAAACAUCUAUAUUUUUGGAAUUUGAAAGCUGGACUUCAUGUUUGGGGAUUAAUAAAGUGUUACCUUAUCCCAAGAA